UAUAGGCCGAAGCAUCUAGUUGUCCGAUUGAUCAAAUGUUGUUAAUCAAAGUACUGAUCAAUUAUUGUUAGCGAUAGGUCGUUUAUACCAAACUAUUAUUUGUUGCUGACGAAACAUAGAAGGAAGGAAAAGGGGGGAGGGGGGGAAGGAAUAAGCAGACCGAUGACUGCAUUAACCCAACCACGUUUGACAAUUGGUAGAGCCAAAUUCCAGGCCAAGAACUGAGAAAAGCGCACAACUGAUUUCAUUUGCUUACGCCAAAUUUCAACUUUAAUAUUUAAGGUUCCCAGUUGCUACCAAUUCCUGUUCUCGUCAAGGCCUUACGUCCUCAUUGGCUUCCGAACGUAUUUUAUUAGUUGAUCUUCAUACGUACUGUCAAUUAUUUAUUUAACUGAGAGAUGGCAUCUAAUAAAGGUUGCUUCUAUAUGGUUAGCUAUAGUGCUCAUGGGAGUUAGUGGUGCUGGAAAGUCAACUAUAGGUGGCAUGCUGGCAAAAGUGCUAAAUGCCCGCUUUCUUGAUGCCGAUGAUUACCACCCACAGUCAAACAAAGACAAGAUGAAGGCUGGGAUCCCUCUUUCAGAUGAGGACCGCAUUCCUUGGCUUGAAACUCUACGUGAUGCUCUGACAGUAAGCUUGGUAAAUGGAGAAACUGUAAUUCUUGGAUGUUCUGCUUUGCAGAAGCAUUACAGAGAAAUUCUUAGAUGUGCAGACCCAAACUACGUGCCAGAUUCUUUUACAUGUGCUGUAAAAUUUGUAUUGUUGAGUGUCGCUGCUGAUGUGCUAGCCGCUCGGCUGGAGAAACGAGCAGCAGAAGGGAACCAUUUCAUGCCGUCUAAACUCUUGCAAUCUCAAUUAGAUUCGCUACAAAUUGAUGAAUCUGAAGGGAUACUAAAAGUUGAUGCUUCACUAGAUCCUCAGGAGACGCUGAAAACGGUACAAGCUUUAGUCGUUCCAUUUCUCUCUGAGCAUAAAUUAUUAAGUUAAUCGAGGUUGCUCUGGCUAACAGUUCAACCAUCAAGAUGAUAAUAAAGAACCUGCAUAUUUGUUGGGCUGUAAUUGAAUGCAGACACUCUUCCAUCUUGCUUGAAAAGCAUUUUAGCACAUGAA